UGAGAACAUUGCGCGGUUGUCUGUCCUCGAAAGAGCACGCGCGUACGGUUGCCUUACGUAACUUGGUAACCACGAUUUAACUUUAAGGUUCAGUGAUUUAUUACAUGCAUUAAAUUUCCCAUCAAAUUAUCAAAUCAAUGUUAUAUUUGUGAAACUAUUUCCCUCUCUGUGAUUUUUAUAUACCUACGAUCACAAUGAUUCCUAGAAAGCUUUCUUAUGUGUUUAUCGCGGGUUUAAUUACGAUUGUAUCAAUAACUGGUGGAUCAGAAGACGGUUCUCGAAGGAAGCGCACCCGCGCAGACAAUUCGGCGGUGCGGGAGCCUGCGCAGGCGCUGGACGCUCCCGACCCGGAGCCCAGCGCCGCGCCAGCUCCCAACGCAUUCAUAAACCCCUAUGUUAAGGAGUACCUUGAACUUGGCAUGGCUAUACCUGGAAAACCGGGCACAGACUAUCCUGUAUUAGGAGCUGUUCCUUACACAAACUUCUACUGCGACGAUCAGGCCUAUCCUGGCUUCUUUGCUGACAUGGAAACUCGUUGUCAAGCCUGGCACUACUGUGACAUAGACGGUCGCCAAGCGUCGUUCCUUUGUCCCAACGGUACAGUGUUCUCGCAAGGCGUCGCGUCUUGUGACUGGUGGUUCAAUGUUCGAUGUGCUCUUUCACCAGCAUUAUACCCACUAAAUGCGAGGCUCUAUAGACGAAGGAAAAAACAAUCAAAACCGAAACCACACAGAGUGAUCGACAAGAAACUCGUCGACGAAAUAUUCUUGUAGUUAUUAAUUUAGGUAAGUUUUUGUAAGAUAAUGUUUUAUGUUAGGACGUAAGGUACUUGUCGAAUCGUUCCUUUAAAGGUUGUUUGAAAUGUGAUAUUGUACUGCCAAUUAAGAAUAAGAUUUUGUUAAUGUACUGUGUGAACAAUGGAUGAAAUGUUAACAAGAAAAAAAAAUAAUUUUAUGUAUUAUAGUAAAAUUGUAAUGGGAUAAGCAUCAUGUAUAAUUUAGGUACUAUUUAAAACUAGAUAAUAAUAUUACAAUUGUCUAGUUAUUAUAAUGAGGAAUAUUAAAUGAAUAAACUUGUUCAUAAAAUUAUUUAUCUCGAUGAAAAGACAGAUGGAAAUCGAUAUCUUUAUUUAUAUUUCUGAUUCAUUCUGUUUGUGUAACUCUAUUUAACAUUUAUUCGACUUAUAUUAAUAUGUACAAUUGUUUUAUUAUAAUAACUAACUAUAACUACCAAUAUUUUAUUUUUUUUAUACCACAAUCAAAUUUUUAGCACAUCAUUUAUUUCCCAAAAUGUUCGGAAAAACAUUAUAAUAUAUGGAAAUAUUACUCACAUAUUUUUAUUUAUACUUGAAAUUUUUGGUAAUGACGAAUAACAUGCCAUUGAGAAAAUAACACCAGUUAAAUAUUACGUGAAGGUGUUUCUGGUUUUUGUCAGGUGUGAAUUAUUGUGUCACACGUGUCAGUUAUGAUGUGGAGU